UGUAACAGAGAAUUCACCUCACCGGUAUGCCAUACAGCGUGCCGUAUUUCAAAAUAAAAGUACGAAAGCGUCAUGUUUUCCUUUCUAAAUGAGCACCAGAGAUUUCACAAACUCACGUCUGGUUUCGUGGCAUGUUUGUUAAGGGUGCUUUUCUCUUUCAGAGAAAGAAAAAAAGCUCUGUCUCAAAUCGCGUGUGAAAUAAUAGCAUGCAGUGCUCUAUACAGCUAACAGGAAACCAUUAGCCAGCCUCGUUGCUAGGAGACGGCGCAAUACACAACAUUCUAAAGGUCUUAUAUUUGUGUCUCCAGAAGAGCUCUAUUCGAAUUAAAGUCGCGUUUAUUUGACAAAUUAGGCUUCAACUAAGAAUAUAGAGAUGAAUAUUGGAUCUUUGGAGCCAUGUCCUCUGAAGGCCAGAAUAUUGUUAUGGGCAGAUCUCAGUUACAGUGAUGCAGAAGAAAUCACCAAGACAGAGUCUAUACCACAGAUUUCAAGAAUUUUGUGCCAGGCCCUGCACAUCGAUGCUCCUGACCCACAGCGAGGCAUUCUCCUCGAGCUGUACACAAACAUAGUGCUAUUCUGCAGGCAACAAAAGUUCAGUAAAGAGCAAACAUCUGUUCUUCUGUCCAUCGUAAAGAACGUGCAUCAGCUCAACACAGAAACUCCUCUCAACAACAUGGACCAGUGUUUCACAUACUGCACUGAGCUUGUGCUUUGUCAUUCUGUCAGAAGACCCCCUUUUAGUACUGAUCUAUUCAAUUCAGAACAAGUGACCAAGAUUAUGAAAUAUCUCAUCAACACAUAUAUGAGACACUACCUGCUUUACAAGUAUGUAUUUACACCUCAGAUGUAUUUGGAUUUAUCUUUGUCUUAUGUUGGAAUGCCUGAGGAGCUCACUACAGAACGACUAGAAAGCUCUGAAGCACAGAAUGAAACUGAAAAUGAAGCAGAUGGAGCAAGUGAGCAAGAGACAGCUUCUACAGAAAUCCUGCCCACAGAGACAGAGGCGUCUAAACAAGAUCUAUCGCCAAGGGGAGAGUUGAGGACAAUUGUACAAAAGGAAAUAAAGGAGGAAAUGAUGCGCUUGACUGCUCAUCUUGAAAAACGUUUGCAGGAAAGUACUGAUCAGCUUAACACUGCGCUCACUGCACUGGAGACUAGACUUCAACCUAAAUAGUGAGCAAAUGUCUUUGUCCCUGUAGACUAAUUUAAAAACUGACAUGUCUAGCUGUUACUGGAGCUUAUGCCGGAAACCAUAUAUACAAACGAAAUUAUAUUUCCAUACUCAGGAUAUAUAUAAUUUGCAAAAGAUGUGUUAUAUUUAUUGCUAUGAUAUUACUUUCUUUUUGUCAAAAAAAAAAAAAUUAGAAAACAUUAUAUUUUAAACAAGCACCCUUUCCAGUGUUUACUUAAAAUGUAAGGAUUUAUUUGAUUAAUCAAAGUUCAGAAUAUUAAAACAGAUAAAUUAAACAUUAAUAAUAGAUAACAGCAGUCUUGACAGUGAUAACACCGAUUAAGCUUAAUCUGAAGUUAAUACAGUACUCAGUGAUGAAAACGUGGUGUUUGAUAGUCAAAUGAAAAAAAGACUCAAAUAUAUUUAAGGGGAAAAAAACCCACAAAGUGAGCAGGAAUGUAACCAUCAUACACAUUUGUGUAACCAUAAAUGACAAAAUGUCAGAACUUUUAUGCAUUUAGUUUAUGUUCUGCAAAUUUAUACUGUCCAUUUCUACAAAUGGUCAAAUUACCAGGACAACUAAAGUGAUAAAACUGAACUGAUAUAAAAAUUUAUAAAGUUAAAUUUAGGAUUAGAUAUUAGAAAAGAAAAUGGCUAAGAAGUUAAAAGUGAGCUCAAUAACUCACACGUAACAAAAAAAAAAGUACCUCUCAUUAAUCAUGAAUAAAUAAUUCUACUGUGGUUCGAGUGUGUGUGUGUGUGUGUGUGUGUGUGA